CCCGGUUGCAAAUGUCAAUGGAAAAGAUAUUUGGAGUUUUUUGAGGACGAUGGAGGUUCCGGUGAACUCGUUGCACUCUCAGGGGUAUGUGUCGAUUGGAUGCGAGCCGUGCACGAGGCCUGUGCCCCCAGGGCAGCACGAGAGAGAAGGGAGAUGGUGGUGGGAGGAUGCAAAAGCCAAAGAGUGCGGCCUUAACAAAGUUGGGAGUUUUCCGACGAUACUGUUGUUUACUAAGAAUGGCUCGAGACCGAUAAAGUAUCCAUCAGAGAAGAGGGAUGUUGACUCUCUGCUUGCAUUCAUCAAUGCACUUAGAUGAGAGCGAGGUUAUGUUUUGUGGUUUCGUAUGGGAUAUUGUAG